CGCUGCUGCACAGUCAUCAUUUUGUUGACCCGGAAGUGAUGCUGUGACACCGAAUACACCAGCAACAGCAACAGGUGUCUCCUUGGGUGCUUAAAACUCUCUGAAGUUUUGUACUCCAAAAAGCAAACGGUACAGCUACCUCAAAACAGUGAUGGUGUCCACGAGAUAGCAGUAAGAAAACAUGGGUAACCAGGGAUCUGUCUUGAGCGAGGAGAAGCUACAGGAGCUGGAGAAGGCCACAAAUUUCAGUGCUAAAGAAAUUACGAAGAUUCUGAAGAGAUAUGGAGCCUUGGACAGUUCACCCAAUGGGGAAGAGGGAAUUCCUAUAACCAAAUUCCUGAACAUCCCUGAGGUGGUUGGGAAUCCCAUCAUGCCGUGCGUGUUUGCCAAGUUCAGUGGCCCACGGGGUGGUAACCUCGGACCUGAACCGUUCCUCCUGCUUUUCUCCAUGUUACAUCCAGAUCAGCCAAUGGACAAGAAGCAAAAGUUUGCGUUUGACAUGCUGGAUGUGGACAGCCAGGACCAGCUGGGGUUUGAGGAGCUGUUCAGCCUGUACAAGCUGCUGUACAGCCCUGCGCUGUCUGACCAGAAGAUCUCCCACCUGACUGCACAGGUGCUGUUCCGGGACGACCUGGCCACGCCUGGUUACAUCAACUUUGACGAGUUCUGCCAGCUUGUUCCAGUGUCAGAAAUCAAGAGCAGACUGACAGUGCAGCUGCAGCUGUCCUGACAUUCCUUCUGUUUUGUUCUGUGGGCUUCCUGUAGUAUUUUAUUUUACUUAUCCGAAAGCACACUGACAUCCUCAUGUUAUUCAAGACAAUUUCAGUGAUCAUGUAUGUGGUAUAUUUACACGUGAGGCAACCUACAUCAUUCUAACUCAAGAAUUGACAAAAAUUACUGUGCAACAAUCAGACAAAUACUGUAAUUUCAUAGUAUCUAAAGUCAUCAUAUGAACACUGUUUUACAAGUGACAAAAACACUAGAUCUCUGUAAACCGCAUGAUGCUGGAUAGAUAGUGUUUGAAACUAUGAUGUUUUUGUGUGGUAAAUGUGGAGAAGAAACCUGUGUAACGUUAAAAAUAUGUUAUAAGAUCUUUUAACUAAGACAAAUUCACAUUGUAUGCCAACUUUUGCAAAAUACAUUUGUGAAUUGUGAGCGCUUUCAAAGAUUUGAUGCUACCAUGUGGUCAGAAAUUUGUAUGUACUACAUAUUUUGUAAAAAAA